AUGGAGGGUGGUCUAGUUCUAGAUAGUUCUGCAACUCCAGCAAAAGCCAUGAACCCCAAUUCAAGUUCUAAGGUCAGGGUCAUUGUGAGGGUUCGUCCUUUUCUUCCCCACGAGAUCGCUGCCAAUAACGGAGAUCAGACGCCGUGUGUUUCAGUAAUUGAACAAGACUGUGAGUCUUCUACUGAAGAAGUGGUUGUUUAUCUCAAAGAUAAAGAAUCAAGCCGAAACGAGUGUUACCGGUUAGACUCUUGCUUUGCCCAAGAGGACAACAAUGUUGGUCGGAUCUUCUACAGAGAAGUGAGCCCUUUGAUUCCAGGACUCUUUCAUGGCUGCAAUGCUACGGUGUUUGCCUAUGGAGCUACCGGCAGUGGAAAGACUUACACUAUGCAGGGCACAGAUGAGAUGCCGGGUCUAAUGCCGCUGGCCAUGUCCACAAUCAUGUCUAUGUGCCAGUGCACAGGAAGCACAGUUGAAAUUUCAUACUACGAGGUCUAUAUGGACAGGUGUUAUGACCUGUUAGAGAUCAAAGCCAAGGAAAUUGCGGUUUUGGAUGACAAAGAUGGGCAGAUUCAUCUUAGGGGACUCUCUCGGGUCCCUGUAAAGUCCAUGCCUGAGUUUUAUGAGGCUUUUUCUUGUGGGAUUCAGAGGCGGAAAGUCGCACAUACAGGUCUGAAUGAUGUUUCUAGUAGGAGCCAUGGGGUCCUUGUGAUUGCCGUUUCCACUCCUUGUGAUGAUGGUUCCGCGGCUGUUACUGGGAAGUUGAAUCUCAUAGACUUAGCAGGCAAUGAAGAUAAUAGAAGAACUUGCAACGAAGGGAUUCGUCUACAAGAAAGUGCAAAGAUCAACCAGUCCUUGUUUGCCUUGUCUAAUGUCAUUUAUGCAUUGAACAACAACUUAUCCCGAGUUCCCUAUAGGGAGAGUAAAUUGACUCGUAUAUUGCAAGACUCACUAGGUGGGAUGAGUCAGGCUUUGAUGGUUGCUUGCUUGAAUCCAGGAGAGUACCCGGAGUCUGUUCAUACUGUCAGCUUGGCAGCUAGGUCACGCCACAUCACCAAUUUUGUUCGUUCAGCCAAGAAGCAAGAGACUCCAAAGAUUAAAGUUGACAUGGAAGCCAAACUUCGUGCUUGGCUUGAAUCAAGAGGAAAGACAAAGAGUGCACAAAGAAGUCAAGCAUUAAAUUCUCCCUUGUUGGGGAAAACUCCAAAUUCUUUUGCCAAUGUCAAGAAACCCACCAUCAACCUCAGCUCUGUGAAAGCCAAGGUUAUGACUAACAGAAGCGCCUGUAAUGCCAAAGAAAGGACAAUCACUGUGCCUUUCAGGAACAUUUUCUAUAAUGAAAGCACCGUUGAUUCUAAUUCGGAGAGUCUGCAAUUAGCUGGUGAUAAAGAAGAGGGCAAUGCUGGAGCUGGUGAAUCUGUAUUGGAAUCAAAUACAAGUUUACCUGGUGAGGCAUCAAACCAGGAGGAAAGCUCUGCCAACAAUUUCGACUCAUCACCUGUCAGUGAGAGGAAAAGCACACUACGAAGUUCCUUAAGAAAAGCUCUCUCUCCUCUCAACACCAAUAUAAAGCAAAAGCCCCUCAAUGAACCCUUGUUCACAAAUGGAGAUUGCACCCUCCUCUUUGAGCCAGAGACUCCAGAAACUCCUCCUCCGGUGAGGAACAAUAGAAGUCAAAAAACACGCACCCCACUUCAUAAAUUCACUUCUUGUGGGUCAAACUUAAAGAACGUCCUGCUUAAAGAGUAUAUUGAUUUCUUGAAUACAGCCAACAGGGAGGAGCUACUGGAGUUGAAGGGAAUAGGUGUCAAAAUGGCUGAAUACAUAGUUGAGCUCAGAGAAACGAGCCCUUUAAAAUCGCUAAGCGAUUUGGAGAAAAUAGGCCUCUCAUCUAAGCAGAUUGUUAACCUGUUUAAUAAAGCUGCGGUAGGAGUAUUUGAUAAGCAAACAAACGCAACUCCCAGUUGCUUAGAGAUUUCACAGGUCAAGUAG